AUGCAGCUCACCACUCUCAUCACUCUGUUCGCCACUGCCAUCGCCGUAAGCGCGACACCCAUCGAACUAGAGGAGAAGCGUCAGCUCGAAGGUGCUCCCCGCGUCUACGCCCGCUUCUUCCGCGACAACGGUUGCGGUCCCACCCCAUGGGCUGAAGACACUGUUUUCUUGCAGUCCGAGACUGUGGGACUGGCUGGAUGCCAGGAUCUGACUGUUGGGCCUUUCGCAAGCACCAGCUUUGACAUCAAUAACUUCAGCAGGACUGACAAAAGAACCCAAAACGUCAUCGAAACGCAGCUCACCACUAUCGUUGCCUUCCUUGCGGCGGCCGCUAGCGCCGCUCCUGGCACACUGUCUCCACGGCAGUCUGGAAGCGUGCGUGCACGAUUCUACGACGAGAACAACUGCGGUAAAAAUAGAGAACUUCCAGGUAAAGCGGAGCUCACCCUUCGAACAAGCGCUACCGAGCUGGAGGGCAAGCCAGAAUGUGUAGAUUUGACGAUCGGGCCAUACUCUGCUACGUUCUUCGAUCAGAGCACCCUGGAGAAGACGAGUAAGUUCAAGCGCGGCUUAGUCGAGAUACCCUUCAGCUGA